AUGGCACAUACUAAGCAACUAGAUUUGAGCAAAUCGCGCGACGACGAGAGCUCCUCGGCUUCGUCUUCUGGUGACGAGCAAGAAAAGCAUGCAACGACGCAGGAUUCCGAAGAAGAGAAUGAGUCUGGUUCUGAUGAGGAAUCCGAAGCAGAGUUUGAGAUUCCACCAGGUUUUGAAAGAGUUAAAGGUAGCGGUGCCGUGACACGGGAGGCUUUUUUUCAUAAUGAACAGGAGCUUUGGUUCUUUAAGCUGCCUAGAAAUCUUGACGCGUCGGUGCUGGCCAACGUCACGAUUAAAAUGGACGAGAAUAAAGCUGUUUCGUUGGGUGAGUCUUUUGCUACUGUCACAGCUGGGAGUGCGAACAAAAAAUCGAACUCGCUUCGUCCUAGGCAAGCCGUUUUCACGGUGUUUUUCACUUGUCGACGAACAUGUCGAAAAAGUAUCAGUAACAAAAUCAAAGAAGGAGGAGACUACUGA